AUGGAACGGGCGUCCACUCCUCCAGCUCAAGCGCGCCGAUCAACACGAUCAACAACCGCAGCACGUCCACCAUCACCACCAACUCCCGCUGCCGACAGGCGUCGUAUAGAAGAAUCCCGUCUCCGCGUCAAAGACCUCCGCACCCAACGCGAAGCCGACCACCGCGCCGCCGGCAUUCCUCUCCCCUCCGACUCUCUCCCACGCACUGCGUCCGGCAUCGCCGCCACCGAUGACAUCCAGCUAGCCGGCGCCGCCGGUCGCGCGGCGGCGGCGGCGGCCUCUCGCAAGCGUCCGUUCACAUCGAUCUCGCGAAAUGACAUACCGGCUAGUAACCGGGACGCUCGCACGGGGACAGGGACCAAUGAGAGGAAAGAUGGCAACAACGGCAACGGCAACAGCGAAGGGGGAAGCUUGCCCCCCAUCUCGCGCAAGUUCACCAAAUUCGUCGAUUACAACUUUAGCGCCAUGACAGACACCAAGGGUGGGUUCCUGUCGUUGGAAGAUGAUCCGUUCAACAAGCACUUGUCCGUUCCCACGAAGCCGGGACAGCCGUCGGAGCAGGAACAAAAGCCGGCGCACAUGACGGCUGCGGAGUGGGAGCGGAUGCAGUUGAUUCGGAAGUUGCAGCGGACUAAAGCCGGGCCGUACGAGCCGGGAUUGAGUGUGCUGACGGAUAUUAAGGAGACGAAGAAGUGCAGGGAGUGCGGUAGUUUGGAAAUCGACUUUGUGUGGGCGGAGACGUUUGGGUGCGCCGUGUGUGGCAAGUGUAAGGAGCGGUGGCCGGAGAAGUACAGUUUGUUGACCAAGACGGAGGCGAAGGAGGAUUAUUUGUUGACUGAUCCUGAACUCAAAGACCCCGAACUCCUCCCUCACCUCUCUAAACCGAACCCGCACAAAUCUCACUGGCACGACAUGAUGCUCUUUCUACGAUACCAGGUCGAGGAAUAUGCAUUUAAUGUCAAGUGGGGGUCGGCGGAGGCUCUGGAUGCCGAGUUUGAGAAGCGUGAGCAGGACAAGAAGAGAAGGAAGGAGGCCAAGUUCAAGGAGAAGUUGCUUGACUUGAAGAGGAAGACGAGGACAGAGGCGUUUAGAAGGAACACGGGCAAGUUGGGCGGGAUAGCAGGGGGAGAUGGUGGUGGUGAUGGUACUUCAACAGGGAGGAGAGGAAAAGCGACCAAGUUUGGGGAUACGAUCAAUAAUGGAGGGAAGCAUGUCCAUGAAUGGGGGAGGACGGUUGAGAAUGAGGAGGGGAUGACGGUCAAGACGUGUACGACUUGUGGGAUGGAGGUUGAGGAGUUGGAGUUUUAGAAGGGCUGGCUAUGCUUUGGAUUUUGGAGUUGGAGGUUGGAGGAGUUUACUUCACUUGUAUACCCAUCUUCGUAAAGGUGAUGAUUUGAUCAAUGGAUGUUACUGU